AUGUGUGAAAGAAACGGUGUUUCAGCGGCACGUGGUUUAAGUAGAGCUGGUCAAAACACAGAUGCACAGCCUUCUGUUUCAAGAGCAACAGAAGGUUUACAACAAAGCAAUGCUCCAUCAUCAUCUACCGAAACAGCUGCUUGGACACGACAAACUAAACCUGCACCUGGUGCCGGAGGAAGAACAGAUCCUACAGUUACAGUGGUUGUCGAUAACCCCAAACAUCCAGACUAUGUCAGUAUAGAUUCUAGAGUAAGUUCAUACCAAGGAUGGCCAGAUUACCUGGAUCAAACCCCUAGACAGAUGUCAGAAGCAGGUUUCUUUUUUGUUGGUUCGGCUGAUUUUACCCGUUGCUUUUGUUGCCUCGGAGGUCUACGAAACUGGGAACCAGGAGAUGAUCCAAUGUUGGAACAUACUAGAUGGUUUCCACGUUGUGAAUAUGUCAACAAACUGAAAGGCGAGAGAUAUGUGGCUGCAGUACAGAGACGUCAUCAAGAAUAUAUGGCUGAACAGCAGAGACAACAAAUAGAGAUUGCACAAAGACGGGAUGAGAAUCGUUAUCCUCCUGAUCCGAUGACAACAGAAGCUGCCGCUGUCAUGCGUGAGAUGGGCUACUCUGCGGAACGUACGAGGGAGGCAAUCUUAGCUGUUAGACAACAAACAGGGUCAGCAAUGGUCACUACCCAACAAGUUUUGACCUGGUUACUGGACGCUGAAGAAAGACGAUUAAAUGGUAAUUCAAGUAACACCGAAUUAGGCAUUAGACCUCCACCUAUGUCCUUUUCUACAGCAACUUCUAAUGUCAACACCAGGACUCCGUCCUCUAUUGUGUACACAGGAACCAGUAUCUCGUCUUCAAUUGUAUACACUGGAACCAGCAUAGAUACUUCUAUUGUAAACACGACUUCAAGCAUUUCUGCCGCAACAUCCAUAGUCAGUGCUGGGACCACCACAUCUACUGUGAGUUCAACAUCAACAACUGCCACGGCUGGAGUCCAGCAGACUGGUACUCCAGCAGGAGCAGAAAGCUCUGGAACUAGGAACCAGCAGACUGGUUCAGGGAAUGGUUCCAGUUCUAAUUCAGUCAGUGGAGCCAGUGUAGAGAAGCAGUCUGGAGCAUCUGGUGGUGACAGUGACGAGUCGAAAUUAGCAGCCGAGGAAGAAUUAGGUAUUAGACCUCCACCUAUAUCCUCUUCUACAGCAACUUCUAUUGUCGACACCAGCACUUCAUCCUCUAUUGUGUACACAGGAACGAGUGUCUCAUCUUCAGUUGUAUACACUGGAACCAGCAUAGAUACUUCAGUUGUUAACAUGACUUCAAGCAUUUUUACC